AUGGCCAAAUUACUGGUAAAGUUCCAGCGUUAUUUUAGGCGGAAACCCGUGCGCUUCUUCACUCUGAUCGCGCUGUACCUGACGGCCGGGAGCCUGGUGUUUCUGCACUCUGGGUUUGCAGGGGAGCCCACCAUCUCAGAGAAUGAACCCAACCCCCUGGAUGGCACCAGCGAAGGGGCAGCGUUUCAGUACCUGGGGGUGGUUCAGCUCGGGAGGGGGUUCAAGGAGACCCCGGAGGCUCGGAAUUCUGUCCGGAGGUAUGGGCCGUGGUUCAAGAGCGUUUCCAAGGAUACGCCAGAGAGGAACAAAAUGGGGGACUAUGGCGGGGCCUGGAGCAGAGCUCUCAAAGGGAGGAAGGUCCGUGAGAAAGAGGAGGACAGAGCAAAAUACAUUGGUUGCUACGUGGACAACACUCGCCGACGGGCGCUGCGUGGCGUGUCCUUCUUCGACUACAAAAAGAUGACAGUGUUCCGUUGCCAGGACAACUGUGCCGAACGGGGUUAUUUGUACGCCGGGUUGGAGUUCGGUGCAGAAUGUUACUGUGGACACAAAAUCCAGGCCUUAAAUGUGAGCGAGUCUGAAUGUAACAUGGAGUGCAAGGGAGAGAAGAGCAACAUCUGCGGAGGUGUGAACCGUCUCUCCAUUUACCGGCUGGAGCUGGCCCAGGAGUCCGCCAGGAGAUAUGGCAGCGCGAUAUUCCGCGGAUGCUUCCACCGGCCGAACAACGUCUCCUUAGCUUUGCCUGUGACUGGGGUGAUGCUGAACAUGUCUGUGGACAAGUGUGUGGACUUCUGCACUGAAAAGGAAUACCCGCUGGCAGCCCUGGGGGGGGCCUCCUGCCAUUGCGGCUUCCCCACCACGCUCUUCACCCUCCAUGAGCGCGAGGACGAGCAGCUGUGCGCCCAGAAGUGCGGCGGCGAGGAGUUCGAGAGCUGCGGGACCGCCGAGUACUUCAUCGUGUACCAGACGCAGGUGCAAGACAAUCGUUGUAUGGAUAGAAGGUUUUUACCAGCUCGGUCGAAACAGUUUAUAGCUCUGGCAAGCUUUCCCGGGGCGGGCAACACUUGGGCGCGCCAUCUCAUCGAGCUAGCUACGGGUUUCUACACUGGGAGCUAUUACUUCGAUGGAUCGCUCUACAACAAAGGGUUCAAAGGUGAAAGGGAUCACUGGCGAAGUGGAAGGACAAUCUGCAUCAAAACCCACGAAAGUGGCCAGAAGGAAAUCGAGGCCUUUGAUUCAGCCAUACUGCUCAUCCGGAACCCAUACAAAGCCCUGAUGGCUGAAUUCAAUCGCAAGUAUGGCGGUCACAUCGGAUUCGCUUCUCACGCACAUUGGAAAGGCAAAGAAUGGCCAGAGUUCGUCAAAAAUUACGCCCCCUGGUGGGCCACUCACACCCUGGACUGGUUGAAGUAUGGCAAAAACGUCCUUGUGGUGCACUUUGAGGACCUGAAGCGAGAUCUCUUUGUCCAACUGAAGAGGAUGGUGAGCCUCCUGGGCACCAGGGUGUUUGAGGACAGACUCUUGUGUGUCGAGGGCCAAAAAGACGGAAACUUUAAGCGCUCCGGGCUGAGGAAACUGGAAUAUGACCCCUACACGCCCGAGAUGAGAAAAACGAUCAGCACUUACAUUAAAACUGUGGACAUGGCUCUGAAACUCAGAAACCUCACAGGGGUCCCAGAUGACUAUUAUCCGAGAUGA